AUGUCAAAUUUAAUCCAGCAUCUUAAAAGAUUGCAUCCUUCCCAAUGUGGGAUGAUCACUCCAUCAGGACGAAAGUCAGUGCAGGAAAACAACAGCAGCCCAGUUUCGUCAGAUACUCAACAGUCUCAACAUACAGUAAAGAGUAUCAUACAGUAUCACCAACACUAUAAAGAACGAGCCAAGAGUACAACGUGUGUUGGCUGUCUCCAAGAAGAUUGUGGCAGCUUUUUGCACAAGUUGGAAGAGAUCUUGGCGCCACCCAAGUUCAAGAAGAACCUGGACAGAAGUUCAAGAUUUGACAUCGGUGAGUAUGAAGUAAACAAGAUUGAGUAUUUUAUCUUGAUUGAAUAAUGUAGGGUGUAUUUACUGUUUUAUACUAAAUGAUUUUUACAAUAAUUUUAGAUGUCCUCAAUCCAUUGGGGUCCCACUCAGCACAUAAUCAGCUGGGUGAUGCGUAAUAAGAAGGCCAUUCGGUGAGUUCUUGGUAACGACAAGGACACAAGUGUUGAUAAAACACUUGGUCCGCUUAAGGAAUUCACUGAUAUUAUGUCUGCGAGCAACUAUGUAACAACAAAUGCAUUGAAGCCAAUUCUCCAUUGCCUGUCAACCACUGAAUUAGCCCCUCAAAGAUGAUGAUUUGCUGCUGACGGCCAAAAUCAAGAACAAGGUCUUGACAAGAUUGCAAGCACGUUUUGUUGAUGGUGCACUUAAAGCUUUGAUGAAUGUUACAUCGUUCUUGGAUGCUAGGUACAUGACUGACUUUCUCGAAAGCGGCGAAAUCAAUGAAGUAAGAGAGGAGCUCUUGAAGAAUGCUGUUUACCUAAAGUUCAGCGCCAUUGAAGAUGAAGACGACAUCUUGCCAUCGUCUGCUUCAAAGAAGGUAAAAUUCAGCUUUGGAGCAUUGACAAGCGUAAAGAAGAAACAGUGUCGCCAGCUUUCUCUCCACAUAGUUGCCUCUCCAAAAAAAUUGACAUUUACUUGACAGAUUCGGUUAUCGAUGGAGAUGACAAAGCUAUGGAAUGGUGGAAGGUCAACACCAAGGAUCUUCCGUUAUUGUUGCAGUUGGCAAGAACACACCUUGCCAUUCAAGCCACUAGUUCGCCAUCGGAAAUGUUUUUAACAAAGCGGGGCAAAUUGCUACUUAAAGUGGACAAACUGGUCUUCCUGGCAGAAUCUGUGAAGGACUAG